AUGAAGAAACUCCUUCCCGAAAUUUCGAGUUCAGCGUUUCGCGCCUUGAUACUCGGCUAUCUCCAGAGAUGCGGUAGCCCGAUUCCGAUGGAUAAAGACAUCGCUAUGAAGGCAGGCGCGAUGGCGGUGCAGGCACUCUCAGACGGCAUGUUCAAUGGCGUUGCGACUAUUACGCGGACGGAGGCUGGCAUUGAACCGACCCUGUUACCUUUAGGACAGGUGCUAAAGCGGGAUGCGUCCGGACAUGUGAUUCGGAGAAGUCUCGAUCUACGGUUCUACGACGCCGAACGGUAUCAGAUGUCUCCGGCGGGUGCUGGGUAUUUCCGUCCGCUGUUCGGCGACUUGCCACGUUCGGAGCGGUCAUUGGACGAUCGAUUGAUUGAGAUUGGUGAGAUUGGGUGA